AUGAUUGAAGCUCAACUAUUCCAAGGUGAUAUGCGAUUUCCACCUGUUACUCGACCAACGGGUCGUUCAUUAGCAGCAACAUCUGCCACUUCAACAGUAACUUGGCCAGAUGGAAUUGUACCGUACGAAUUUGUAACAGGAUACAGUCUUGAAGAAGAAAUGUAUAUUGUCGAUGUCAUGAGAAAGUUAGAACUCUUGGUUGCGGUUAAUUUAGUGCGUUGCGUACAGUUUCGACCGAGAAUUUCAUCGGACCAGUAUUAUAUCAUCAUAGAAAAUGGAGCAGGUUGUUCAUCAUAUGUCGGACAGAAUCCCGGUGUCACAAUGAAUCGAACUGUUACUUUGCAAAGUCCGGGUUGUCUCUCUGAUGGUGUAGUUUUACAUGAAUUAUUACACACGUUAGGAUUUCAUCACGAACAAUCGCGACCGGACCGUGACAAUUAUGUUCGAAUUAAUCUCAAUAAUGUUCAAACAGGUAUGGAAUCUCAAUUUCAAAAAUAUACCAGUCGAGUAACAACAUUGAAUACUCAAUAUGAUUAUCAAUCAGUUAUGCAUUAUGCAUCAACAGCAUUCUCUCGAAAUGGUUUAGCAACAAUUGAACCACUACAAGCUAAUGUUACAAUUGGUCAGCGUGAUAGUUUAAGUCUAACGGAUAUUCAAGCCGUUCGAAUUCUUUAUAAUUGUACAACUCAAGGAGUUACACUACCACCACCAACAACACAAAACAUAACGAGCUCCUUUAGAAUUAAUUCAACAUAUUCAUCACGAUUGACAACAUCGAGUGCACGUUUUAGUCGUUACAAUGGUGUCAAUGGAAGUUAUUACUAUGAAGCAAUUCAAAUUACUGUUCCCACCGCUGGUAAUUACCGAUUUCGAAGCGUUAGUGUUGUCGAUACGUACGGCUAUCUCUAUUUGGGUACUUUCUUAUCAUCAUCACCGGAGAGAAAUUUACUUGUUCAAAAUGAUGAUAGCGCUGGUAAUAAUCAAUUUCAAUUUACACUAUCUCUUCAAACAAAUACAACAUAUGUUUUGGUGAUUACAACGUAUAGCGCCAAUGUUACCGGUGCCAUAGACGUGGUUGUGUCUGGCCCGCAAGCAGUCAAUUUUCUGCGCCUUGGCAGCUCGGAAACUGUAUCAACAACAGCUUAUUCGAACUAUACUGGUGCAUUGACCAAUAGUAGUGCCCUAUUUACUCGAUAUGAUGGAGCGGGGAGAUUUUAUUACGAAGCAUUGCUUAUAACUGUGUCUACAAAUGGUACAUAUAAUUUUACAAGUAGCAGCUCAAUUGAUAUGUAUGGCUAUUUAUAUGUGAAUAAUAUCAGCGCAUAUGAUCUCUCCGCGAAUCUUCUCGCAUUCAAUGAUGAUAGUGCCGGAAAUAUGCAGUUUCUCAUUACAUCUUCUCUUGUAACCGGCAGAAGAUACAUUUUGAUUUGUACGACUUACGGUCCGACUGUCACAGGAAGGUAUUCUGCUAUCGUCUCCGGUCUAGCUCAAGUUGGUCUUAAGUCAAUCAGUCUAGCACUUGCACUACCUUCUACCAGCACAAUGCUGCCAGUGACAAGUACAAGAUCAACAACAAGCGUCUCUAGUAUAUCUAUGACAAAUUACAAUAGCACAUUGACUAACAAUAGUUCGACAUUCAGUCGUUACGGUCGGCAUGAUCGAUUCUACUACGAAGCACUAGAAAUCACUCCAUUCACGAACGGAACAUAUACUUUUACUAGCACUAGUACCGUGGAUGCUUUCGGAUAUCUGUACGUUAAUAACAUCAGUGCAUGGGAUCUGUCUGCAAAUCUAGUUGCAUUCAACGAUGAUGAUGCAGGAAAUAUGCAGUUUCGUAUCAUAUACAAUCUUCAAAGUGGUCGGAAAUACAUUCUGAUAUUCACAACAUACAGUAAUGAUGUAACUGGACCAUUCUCAGUGAUUGUAUCCGGUCCAGCUCGAGUCACUAUCAAUCGCAUCAAUCUAGUACUUCCUGUAUUAUCGACGACUACUCCAUCAACAUAUUCUUCAUCGAGAACAUCUGUACUUACAACAGGAAGUUCUGCUGGCUGUAAUAGAUCUGAUGAUCGACCAACUUGUCCAGCUCAAGUAGUGACGAAUGGAAGAGUUGUUACUGUCAACUCACAGAAUCGAAAUUUAACAGGGGAUUCAUUUUCGCCGAACAGUACGUUUUUCAAUCUAAAUGAUUCAAGCCCAAUGAACGGUUUUAUCCAAUCAGUUACCAUUCAAUAUCGCGGAUCACGCUUACCUAGUGUCAUUGCUCGUCUAUGGAUCUAUACAAUCAUUCCCAUAUCCGGCGGAUUUAUGAUUUGCAGUCAAUAUUCCAUUCCUUUAUCUCAAAUAUCUACAUCACAGUUAAUUCAAACUUAUACUCUUCCGAAUAAUACAAUUUAUGUAGCUGAAAAGACCUAUAUUGGUAUCGGAAUUCAAGACACAACAGCAUCGAUAGCAACGACAUUUGGUAGUAUAGCAUUACGCACAAGUAGUGCAAAUCUUUCAUCGAAUAUUGGAUCGCGCGAAGCACGAUAUUUCUGGCCUGAUGACACCCAAACUGGGGUUAAACUCAGUUACACCAUCGUUACAUAA